AGAGAGAAGUUACCCAAAAGCUACAAAAUUUGCGGAGACUGAAUUGAACGCAUAUCUUAGCUUGAACCAAAGAGAGAUGCUCUCUCUACAUGUCUUCCCUCCUUCAGCUUCCCUCCAAAACCCUAACUUCAACCCUACCCACUUCUCCACCCCAAUCCAAACCCCUAAUUUCACUGUCCUCAGUCUCCACUCAAUUCCGAAAACCCACUUCAAAGCCCAGAACUUUCUACGAUUUAAGCUCCCUAAUUGUAAAACCCAGCUCAGAAAACUUUCUUGCAAUGCUCUGAAAGACACCGGCGAUGAAACGAAGCCGGUUUUGGGCAGUGGGGGUGGCGAUGGUGGCGGAGGAGGCGGUGGUGAUGACGGAGGGGAUGAUGAGCAGGUGGAGAAAAAGAGUGGGCCUUUUCCGGAAUGGUUCAGUAUCACUACCGACGAUGCGAAGACUGUGUUUGCGGCGAUUGCAGUGUCGCUUGCGUUUCGGAGUUUCGUAGCUGAGCCGAGGUUCAUUCCUUCGUUGUCAAUGUAUCCGACCUUGGAUGUGGGAGAUCGAAUUGUAGCAGAAAAGGUUUCAUAUUAUUUCAGAAAGCCAUGUGCCAAUGACGUAGUUAUCUUUAAAAGUCCACCAGUCCUUCAACAAGUAGGAUAUACUGACUAUGAUGUCUUCAUUAAACGAGUUGUUGCCAAGGAAGGUGAUACUGUAGAGGUACGCAAUGGGAAGCUCAUAGUUAAUGGAGUGGAGAGAGAUGAAAAAUUCAUCCUUGAACCACCUGCAUAUGAUAUGACUCCUAUUCGUGUGCCCGAGAACUCAGUUUUCGUGAUGGGUGACAAUCGAAACAACAGCUACGACUCACACGUAUGGGGUCCAUUGCCAACCAAGAAUAUUUUGGGAAGAUCCUUGUUUCGGUAUUGGCCACCAAAAAGGAUCGGUCCCACGGUUCUUGAGACUGGCUGUGCUGCUGAUAAGCCGGAGAGUGUUCCAGCGUCUCAGCAAAAGGAAGGUCAGGAGAGCAUUCCAGCGUCUCAGGUAAAGGAAGGUCAGGAGAGCAUUCCAGCGUCUCAGCUAAAGGAAGGUGUGUCAUUGAAUUAGUAACCAUAUGAAGUUUCUUCCGGCGCUUUACUUGAAAUUGUUUCAUUUUUUGCCUUCGACCUUAUGUAACAUCUCUAUUCUAAGGAAACACGCAUACGGGCAAAUUUUUGGAAGGCCCUAGUUCUUCAUAGUUAUUGACAUUGUACAUUGCAAAGCGACGCUCGAUUUAAGUAACUUAUUCUCAUUUCAAAA